AUGCCUCACAAACGUGCGAAACGAUCCACUCGAGAGGAGGUUCGCAAACAAAAAGGAUCCAACCUCGCACCUUCCAAAUCCGAUGGUAUCAGCAACGAGAGCAUACCCAAAUCAGCUAUGCGAGUCUUGCAAGCUGCUCAAAUACGGGCGGACCACGCGAAGCGGAGACGCGAGAACGCCGACGAGGACGACGGGCGGAGUGCGAAGAGGCGAAAGCAAGAGGGUACGACCGGAAAGGGGAAGGAGAAGGCAAAGGUCGGCGGAGGGAGCACGGAGAAGAAGGGGGAGAUGAAGAUCCAGCCGGGCGAGUCGCUCGCGCAUUUCAAUCGGCGGGUCGAGGAUGGUAUGCGCGGAGAAGUCCGGGCUGCGAUGCAGUCCUCGUCCGCUCACGGCCGCAAAGCCCGGAAACAGGAGGAGGAGGCAGCAGCCGCUACGAAGGCCGCGAAUAUUGCCAAACACGCCGCGAAAACUCAAAAACGUCCUGCCUCUCCCGACCCCGAAGACAACACAUCCGCACCAGUAGACAAACAUGCCGACAAGCCGAAAGAGUUUGCGAAACUGCAAACUACGGCUCCUCGUAAUGUCAACGAUAUCGCUCAGGCGCCUCCCACGCUUUCUCUCAAAAAGGCAACAAAAUUACAGGCUUCAGCGGGUCCAGAGGGCUUACGAGGCGGUAAGGCCGCAGGAGUAUUGAGUAUGGCACAGAGGGCAAUGAUGGAGGUGGAGCGCGAAAAGGCUAUCAAGCACUACAGGGAGUUGAAGGAGAAGAAGCUCGCUGCAGCCCAAGCGCGCAGAGAACCGAGCGUUUGA